GCGCCUCCCAGAAGGCUCCGCGCGUUGUCCUCCUCGCCCUCCCUCAAGGCCGCCUCGCUCGCUCUCCCAGUGUGUCCGCUGUCGCUAUGCUGCCCGCUGCACUGCUUCGCCGUCCGGGUCUGCGCCGCCUGGUGCUCCAGGCGCGUGCCUACGCCGAGGCCGCCGCCCCCGCCCCCGCCGCCGGGCCCGGACAGAUGUCCUUCACCUUCGCCUCCCCGACGCAGGUGUUCUUUGACGGUGUCAACGUCCGGCAGGUGGAUGUGCCUACACUGACCGGAGCCUUUGGCAUCCUGGCAUCCCAUGUUCCCACACUGCAGGUCCUACGGCCUGGCCUGGUGGUGGUCCAUGCUGAAGAUGGCACCACAACUAAGUACUUUGUGAGCAGUGGCUCCGUCACUGUGAAUGCAGACUCCUCAGUACAGCUACUGGCUGAAGAAGCUGUGACCCUGGACAUGCUGGACCUGGGGGCAGCGCGGGCCAACCUGGAGAAGGCGCGGUCAGAACUGUCCGGCACAACGGAUGAGGCAGCACGGGCUGAGAUCCAGAUCUGCAUUGAGGCCAAUGAGGCCCUGGUGAAGGCCCUGGAGUAGGCGGUGCAUGUCUGUCACCCACAGGGAAACUGAGGCAGGUCCAGGCAGUUGGAAACUGUUCCCUGGAGCCUAGUCAGUUGGUUGCUGCUCCAGUUGCCACAAGGGGGCAGCAGUGCUCCAACCACUGGCUUAAAAAACUUCCUGGUGCCUUGUCUGGCUUGGAGGUCUUUCCCCAGCCUUCCCACAGCCUGGGAUCCCCACGCCACCCCUGGAGAGCUGGCACUGCUCUCCCCCACCCCCAUCCCCACCCCCAUAGCCACCGGACAGUCAGCUUGCCCUGGCUUGCCUCCAUUAAACACCAGGAACCAA